AUGAGUGUAAAAAAAAAGUUCCUCAAGUUGCUUAAGUCUAAGCGCGUACAUGUCCGUAUAAAAAGGAAGAACAAAAGAAAUCACAUACUGCGCUUUUGUUCUUUCACAGCAUUAGUAGUAUCGCUUGGUUGUCCUAUAUGUAUACUAUUAAGUAUAUUGGUAAACUCUUACAGUGCUUUAAUGGUUACAAAAGUUUUGUUGCCGGUAGAAAUAAAUGAGAGUUUUUUUGCAAUAGACAACCCGCGUGAUUUGCGUUCCAAAUCUAUUGAUCUACUCAACAAUUCUCUACACGAAGUAUUUCAAGGUACUGACUUUAAAAAUAGUGAUGAAAUUUUAAGCCGUAAUGCUUAUAAAGAACUGAUCCAGCAGGGAAAAAAACACACUGAAAUCUGGUUUACUGCAUCAAGCGUAAUCAAUUCAAUAAAUAAGGGUAAAUAUACAGAUGGCCAUUACACUAAAUUGCUUAACUGGUUGAAAGAAAAAGGAAGAGUAAAAAAGUUUUUUAAUAAGUCUUUAUUCUUUCAGUCUGACUCUCGUGAACCCGAAAAUGCAGGAAUUUUAGGAGCAUUGAUUGGUUCAUUGAUGACGAUCAUAGUAUGUCUAGG